GUGAACGGGGGCCUCUGGCGGCGGCGCCUCACCACCGAUGGGCCGGCGGCGGUCGGGUGUCCCCGGGGUCUGAGUCGCGGCAGCGCGGUCGGCGGGCCCGUUGGCCACAGCGAGCCCCCGUCACCGCCAUGGCCGAGAACAGCGCCGGCAUGGCGCUCACCGGCAGCGGUGGAUUUGCCAAGGAAACCAUGAACGUCAUGGCCGACGGCUCACUGAACUGUGUCAGCGUUAUACGGAUGAAGGAGAACGACUACCUGCUGCCGACAGCGGUGCUCUGCGAUCACAGUCCCAUAAUCAGGGACAUCGUGUCCAUCCAGAGGGGGGACACCAUUCCCAGGAUUCACAUCAAGGGCAUCGAUGACAAGACCUUCCGAGUGAUCAUGGAGUACAUGCGAACAGGCCACGCUGACAUCAAUGUGCAGAACGUCAUCGACGUCUACCACGCCGCCAACAGCCUGCAGAUCACGCCGCUCGAGACCAUCUGCUGGAACAAAGUGUUCGAGAAGGAACCCAUGGAGCGGAGCCUUCCGGCCUGGAUCGCCGCCAAGCGGCUGAACAUGCCGAGCGAAGAGAAGCAGCUGUUCCGCUACAUCACGCACAACUUCGACGAAAUCUCGAAGACGGAAAGCUUCUAUGAGCUGGACGCCACGCAAGUCAAGGAGAUUCUACGCGCCGACGUCAUCAAGGCCGACGAUGAGCUGGCGCUAUACAAAUCUCUCAUCAACUGGAUCCACUACGACUGCAAGGCACGCAGCAAAUACGCCAGCAGUCUAGUUGAGGCCAUCCGCUUCCAGGACAUGUCGGCCGCCCAGGUCGAGGCCUUCAGAGCCGUCAAGGUGUGCCCCGAAGUUCAGAAAUACUUCGACGUCAGCCAGCGCAUACCUCAGGCGGGACAGAAGAAGCCUGACAAAGCGAGAGAAUACGCUCAAGCGCACAAGGUGGAAGCAGGCGAAGGCGCCGAGCGGUUGCCCGCACCGCCAAGCCAAAGCACCGCGGCAGCAGCCGCGCUGCCCAAGCCUCCGGUCGCGCCAAUGCCCAGCUACGACGCUGGCGCCCCGCGUCCUGUGCCUCCCGCGGAAGCUCCCAUUGCGAAACAGCUAAGUGCGACGGCUGUGCACUCGGCGCCGCCACCACAUGAGCCGCCUUCACAGCCGCCGCCGCUGCCGCAGCAGCAGCAGCAGCAGCAACCGGUACCUGUGACAGCGCCGCUAGUUCUCACCAUCGAACAACAGGCGGGAGUGCUGCCGGCCGAGUCUGAGGGAAAGCCUCAAUCCAAGUCGGAGGCCAAAAUAGGUGAGGCCGCGCCCCGCAAGAAGGAACAGUCAAAGGAAAAGGCCGAGGCCGCUGAGAAGAAGCCCGAGAAACAACCAAAGGGUGAGGCCAAGGCGACGGAAGGAAAGAAGGACUCCCCUUCCAAGGAGCUCCGCAAGGCAGCCCCCGUCUCGGAGCCUUCGCUUGUCCCCAAGGAACUGCCGAAGACCAAGGAUGGCAAGGGAUACGGGUCCCCCGUUAAGAAGAAGACCGAUUCGCUCGAAAGACCAGACGCCAAGGGCGACAAGAAAGGUAAAGAGAAGCACCCGGGCAAACACAGUGGCAAGCACGGAGGCAAGCACGAAGCGGACGUCGCCUCGAAGACGGCGACGUCCGACGUCGCCGCGACACCGUCGACUACCAUGCCUCCGACCGUGAGUGACCCGACAUCGGCCACGACCUUUCCGCCUUCGACGGCUGACAGCAAGGAAAAAAAGAAAGAGGGCAAAGAGAAGAAGUCUAAAGACAAGAAGAGCAAGAGCAAAGACAAGAAAAGCAAAGGCAAGGGUAGUAAAGAGAAGAAGAAAAAGAAGGGUUUCUGUCCCUGGCUAAGCAGCAAAAGCAGCAAGAGCAGCAAGAGCACCAAGGAUAAAGGGGUAGGCAAGAGCAAGGAAUCCACUGCAAAGGAGGCGAUCAGCCGCAGCGAGGCCAAGACGACGGAGGCCGGCAAGCACAAGUCUAAGAAAGCCAAGAAAGGCUCCUCUAAAGAAGGCAGCUCGAGAUCCAGAAGCAAAGAGAAGGCCGGCAAGGCUAAGUCCAGUAAGGAGAAGGUGGGCAAGGGAAGCAAGGAGAAGGCGGACAAAGGCAGUAAGGAGAAGUCGAGCAAGGAGCGGGCCUCGAAGGAGAAGCAUAGCAAGGAAAAGAGCAGCAAGGAGAAACACAGCAAGGAUAAGCAAAGUAAAGAAAAGCAACAAAGCAAGGAGAAACACCAGAACAAGGACAAGCACGGAAGCAAAGAAAAGCACAGCAAGGACAAGCGGAGCAAGGAGAAGCUGAGCAAGGACAAGUCGACCAGCAAGGAAGGCAAGAAGGGUGGCAGCAAAGACAAAAUCAAGAAGAAGAAGCACAGCAAGGAUAAAAAGCCCGGAGAGUCCAAGUCCGAAUCGGUUGGUGGCGGAGGAGGGGGAAGCCAUAAGCGUGACGCCCCUGUGAAUGCGUCAAAGUCGAGGAAGUCUUCAGCGGAUGGGCCUGGAGGGGGCGGGCAGACAAGCGUCUCGAAACAUGACAAGUCGAAAUCGCACGAGCGCUUGUCCCGCAAAUCGCCUUCGGGGUCGAGCGGCCAUGCGAAAUCAUCCGGCAAGAGCUUGAGCUCGUCGACUGUUCCCAAGCGCAAGCCCGACAAGGACAGGGGCAGGUCGGACCUAGGCGUGGCGGGCAAGAAGUCCAGCUCUGGGGGCGGCCACGCCGUCCGACGCAAGGCGCGUAGCGCUAAUAGGCUUUCUUCGGGUGGCGGCGGCUCGGACCUGUCGCUCGUUGUCGGCAAGACUACGUCCCGGACCGACCGCCAGAAACGUCGCCGGCGCCUGUCUAAGGUGCCUCACCGGGCGCGUUCCGAGACGCCGCACACGUCCGACCUGAGCUCCAAGGCACUUGAAUACGCCGCCAUCGGCGACCAGCAGCUGGUGGUUGCUCUGCUAGGAGGCCUGGCAGCCGACUCCAAAGGCGCUAAUCUUGAGAGUGCCGCUAUUUACUCAUUUGGGCCCCGAGAGAGCAAGUGGAAGUGUGUAGGCAGGAUGCCAAAGCCCCGCUACGGUCACCGGGCCGUCAUACAUGAGGAUUACAUUUAUGUUGUGGGCGGCUUCGAAGUGCGCAACGACGCCAGCCAGCUGGCCACCGCAGCGUGCUACCGGUUCAGCCUGUCCCGGAGCUGCUGGGAGACCAUGGGCAGCUUGCGACGCGCACGCUGCCACCACGGCGUCGCUGUGGUUCUCGGGAGGGUGUACGCCGUCGGUGGACAGUCCGUGGACGAGGGGUUCAUGGAUUCAGUGGAGGUGUACGACUCGGACCUGGACCGAUGGUCGGAGGUGACUCCUCUGUGCUGCGCCCGCAUGGCAGCCAAUGCGGUGGAGUUCCGCGGACAGAUGUACGUCGUCGGCGGCCUCAUGAUGGUUCCCGGCCACAAGAGAAAAGUUUGCAUCGUGCCCGACACCAUGUGCUUCAAUCCGAUGGACGACACGUGGCACCACAAGGCGUCCCUCCCCGUGCCCAUGUGCAACUGCUCACUGGUGGCUCACCGCGGCCGCCUCCUGGCUGUGGGUGGCUUAGUGCGCGCGCCGGCAGAGGCGUCGCCGCAUCAGCAACCCAUGGCGCCCAUCGGCGAUGUGCUCGAGUACUCGCCCGCCAACGACUCGUGGUCACGCCUGAGCAUUAUGCCAGUGCGAGCACACAGCGUGGGACUCGCGUCGCUCGGCGAUGACAUCUACAUCCUCGGCGGUCAGUUAGCGGACGAUGCCGGAGCAGCCACGAAAAAUGCCUACCGCUACAACCCAGUGACCGACCGUUGGGUGACGCUGCCACCGCUACCGCUGCGACUGAGCCAGGCGUGUGCUGUCACCGUCAGAAAGCACGCGUUCAAAUAAAGCACACGCCGCGACGUGUGUGCUCGUUGCGUCGUCGUCGGCCAACCCAAAUUUAAUAAAUUUCUUGCAACGAAAAGAAUACUUAC